AAUCCACCACCGUCUCCCCCAUCGCCUCCGUCCCAUGCCUCCCCAUCCAACCCCCUCAAAGACGCAGCACGCACGAACUAGACAGCAAGCCCCUUCCGCGCCCUCGCACCGGUGCAUCCACACCCACCAACUCAUCCACCUCUGCCCACGUGUCCGUCAUGCUCCGCAUCCUCCAAGAAGUCGACAACCUGGUGGACCUCUUCUCCCUAGCGGUCGUCAACCGCGCAGCCUACAAAGCGCUGAAAUCCCACGAACUCCCGCUCAUCAAAUCCACCCUGUGGAAAAUGUCCCCCGCCGCAUGGGAACUGCGCGAACUGAGCGAAGUGCGCUGGGACAAGGCACCUUACACCGGGGGCCAAUCUCUCGCUGCAACACUCUACAUCCGCCACUGCACCAUGGACCUGAUCAAUCACGCGCAGAUCAAAUUCCUGCUCUACGACCAUGCGCGGUUCAUUCUGCGGGAGGACACGCUCUCUGCGAUGCGCGAUGGGCGGUCCGCCCGGGCUGUGGAAAUCGACGAGGCGAUCUGGCGGGUGUGGACGUUCUGCCAUCUUUUCGGGAACCACAAGAAUAGGGAGAACGACUACAUCGGACAGGUAAGAUGGUUGAGAGGGGAUUGCUUCGGCGAUGGAGACGAGCAUCGUGAUCUUCCAGUGGUGUGUGCGACGACGCCGGACCCGAAGGAUUUCAACACGGUGCUGUUUUCGCCGCCGAGCGGGUUUGCGGCAGGGAAUCGGGGUCCGCUCUCGGAGACGCAGUUGCGUGAUAUGAUUGAGAUAUGGAUGGCGAUGGCAUCGUUAUUGGAUUUUCUGAGGGAUGAGACGGCGCUGGCGAGACGGUUCGGGGUCUUCGAGGGACUUGAGAUCCUGGAGGGUGAUAGGAUGUUGGAACGACGGGCUUUAAGAGCAUGGCUGGAUUAUAUUCUCACGCUCGGCCCUACCGCUGUUCUCUCACUGGUUCCGUUGGGACCGCGAUUGCCAAAGGAGAGCAUCUUCUCUCGUGCGAACUCAUAUGGCUGGACAAAGUGGACGCCGCCUGUGUCGAGGACCGACGAAAAUGGAUUCUUCGUGGGAGUGGUGAGUGAGUUGUUGGCGGCCAUGCAGACUCGGGAGAGGAGGGAGAAAGCACAGCAGUUCCGGAUAUGAGCUUGUAUAUGUAAGCUUAAAGACAGGUUGAGAAGAGAGUGGCGGAGUUGGUUCCUU